CAAGAGUGACGUCACUGGGAAUUUCCAGUAAGGAAGUCAAGUUGUCUAUUCAAACGAAAGUGUGUAUCUCGGCAUUAUUUAUUGCGCUCAUUCAUAACCAGUGAUUAAAAUCGAUUGAUCCAUCGGCCUGUCUAAUCUCAGUGGACCUUCUGCAUAUCCAUGUCCAGCAGACGCAACCACCAUCGUGAAUAAGAAACCUGCCUUGAACUGUCUAUCAGCUUACAGUAGUUGACUUCAACGUAACAUGGCAAAAUAAGUUACAACAAACGACAAACUUGUCUCUGAAACCCAGAUCCAAACUGUUUGAUGUUGAUCCUGAACAUCGGCUAUUUAUCAGGAAAGAAGAAAGAAAACCAUACGAGUUUGAGGCGACAUAAGGAAAUCAUGGCUGGAGAAGAUCCAUACCUCCCGGCUCAUGGAGGGUACAUGGACACGUUGGAUGCAUUCAGAGAAGACCAGCUAUGGAUGCCCAUGGACCAGUUUCAGGCCAUCCAACACAACAAUAACACACUGAGGGCAGUCGAUGGACCUUUUUUGCGAAUUAUCGAAGAACCAAAACAGAGGGGCUUCAGGUUCCGCUAUGGAUGUGAAGGCCCCUCCCACGGAGGACUCCCAGGGGCCUCCAGCGAAAAGAACAGGAAGUCUUACCCACAAUUGAAGAUCUGUAACUACCAGGGUUCAGCACGAGUGGUAGUUCAGCUGGUGACCAACACUCAGGAGCCCCAUCUCCACGCUCACAGCCUGGUGGGCAAACAGUGCGAUAAAGGAAUCUGCAUCGCUGACUUGCAGCCCAAAGAUUCAAGCAUCAGUUUUCCUAACCUGGGCAUUUUGCACGUGACAAAGAAAAACGUGAGUAAAGUCCUGGAGGAAAGAAUGAUCGAGGCCUAUAGGAUGGGAUAUAACUACGGUGUCUUCAUCCAUCCUGACAUAGACGCUCUCCAAGGAGAGGUCCGCAUGCCCAGAGAACUCACAGAUCAUGAGAGGAACCUGAUCAUCAGUGCGGCCUCUCAUCAGGCCAAGGAGAUGGAUCUGAGUGUGGUGCGGCUCAUGUUUACGGCCUUCCUGCCUGAUAGCGAUGGAGGGUUCUCUCGUAGACUAGACCCAGUUAUAUCACAGCCCAUCUUCGACAGCAAGGCCCCGAACGCCUCCAAUCUGAAGAUAGUGCGGAUGGAUCGGACUGCCGGCUGUGUGACAGGAGGAGAGGAGGUCUACCUGCUGUGUGACAAAGUCCAGAAAGAUGACAUCCAGGUGCGUUUUUAUGAAGACGAUGAUUCAGGUUUGACCUGGGAAGCGUACGGGGAUUUUUCCCCCACUGACGUUCACAGACAGUUUGCCAUUGUCUUCAAGACGCCCAAAUAUCGGGACCAGAACCUUCAGAAGCCCAUCUCUGUAUUUGUGCAGUUGAAGCGGAAAUCGGACAACGAAACGAGUGAACCUAAGCCAUUCACCUACCAUCCACAGAUAAUAGAUAAAGAAGAGGUCCAGAGAAAGAGACAGAAGACCUUGCCCAACUUUCAGGACUACAGUGGAGCGGGAGGUGGAGCUGGAGGCAUGUUCAGAGGAGGAGGGGGUGGGUCUACAGCAGGGGGUGGUUCCAGUGGAGGAGGAGGACAUUACUUCCAGGGCUAUCAAACCUAUAACAAUUACGGAUCUGGAUACAACUUCUCUGCUGGAAUGGGAGGAGGUGGGACCACCAUCAAGCAUGCAUCUCAAGACCCUGUGGAAGACAGUGAUGAAGACAGUGAUACAGACGAUGAUUCAGCAGCAGGUGGCGUUGUGCGAAUCUGUGCCCCACCUGAAACUGUUGAUGGGAGGGUAGCGAAUGAGGACACAGAACCUAUGGAAGAUGUGGAUUCAGAUGCCACAGGGUGUGUUUUUGAACCCCAUCUGGCUGCGCUAGCUGAGAAACAUGCUCAAGCCCUCUAUCAAUACGCAUUAAGUGGUGAUGCUAGAACACUUCUAGCUCCACAGCGCCCCCUCAUGACCACCCAGGAUGAGAACGGAGACACGGGUUUGCAUCUGGGAGUGAUCCACAGUCAGACAGAAGCAGUACGAACUUUAGCCCAAGUCAUUGCUGCUCUCCCCGGAGAGGAUGUUCUGAACAUGAGGAAUGAUCUCUACCAGACUCCUUUGCACCUAGCGGUGGUAACGCAGCAGAAAGAGGCAGUGCAUGCCUUGUUGGAGGCCGAAGCGGACGUCACGCUCACAGAUCGCCAUGGAAACACGGUACUUCACCUGGCGGCUCAGCAGAAAGAAAGUAGCGUGCUACGGUUGCUGCUAAAGUACAAAUCAGUGGCGCGGUUAACUAGUGUCCACAACACAGCAGGGCUCUGUCCGCUCCACAUGGCUGUGCAGGCGAACAGUUUGAGUUGUGUAAGGGCCCUGCUGGAGAGCGGGGCGGAUGUGGAACUUCAGGAGCUCACAUGUGGCCGCACUGCACUUCACUUGGCCACAGAGCUGGACAACCUUUCCCUAGCUGGCUGCCUUCUACUUGAGGGUAACGCAAAUGUAGACAGUGUCACUUAUAACGGUUCCACACCUCUGCACAUUGCUGCAGGACGGGGCUCAACCAAACUUAGCGCGCUCCUCAUUGCUGCAGGAGCAGAUCCUCACAAAGAGAACUUUGAACCACUGUUCUUCAAAGACGAUGAGUGGUGUGGUACAUGUGAGGAUGAGGAGGAGGAUGAAGGCUAUAUUCCUGGGAUGACCCCAAUGAACAUGGCAACAUCCCCAGAGGUUUAUGUUAUCCUUAAUGGACAAGAGUAUCAACCCACCACUGUUGUAGUUCCUCCACAAGGUGACAUGCAGAGCUUGAGCUGCAAGAUGAAGCAGGAUCUCUGUCAGACUCUGGAGGAGCAGACGGGAGGCUGGGAGAGUCUGGCUCAUGCUCUGGGGCUUGGCAUUUUGACCAAUGCUUUCAAACUCAGCUCCUGCCCUGCUGGAAAGCUGCUGGACAGCUACGAGGUUUCUGGAGGAACUGUGUGUGAUCUGGUUGAGGGACUGAAGAGUGUUGGGAACAGCAGUGCUGUCAGUUUACUGCAGGCUGUGUGUAAAGAGACAGAAGCCAUCCACACCACACCUCAGCUCGCAGCAGUGGGCAUUAAGCGCAACUCCAGCUGUACAGGCAACAAACCACACUUUCCGACAGCAGACAGCACAAGAUGAGGACGUGUUCUUGCGUUCAAACACAGCCGGAUGGAGCGCAAUUCCGAAUGCUGGGGUCUAGAGACCCUUUUUUCUAAGUUUCAAACUGUUUAACUUGACACAGCAUCCUAGAAACGCCAAUAUGAACGUUACUAUCGGAGAACAACAAUCAUUUGAAGUGUUUGUUGGAAUAUUAUUUUUUUGUUGUUGUUGUUGUUGUUGUUUUGUAUCAGUUGUUGGCUUGUAAUUUAAAUGUAAAACAUUAAACAUCACAUUAUCCACUAAGAACAUGCACUGAUGUGAGUGAUAACACCAGAGACCGGAAAACGAAAACAGGUGUUCGUUAAGAAUCGUGGAAAAAGUGGAUGUUUAUGCGGCAAAUUGCGGCUUGCUUGGCAACCAUAUAGAGUUAGGCAAAUGAAGUAUUACUAAGCGGAAGCAUUGUUUAUUCCAAAUAUUAGUAAUAAUAAAUGUUUGGGGGGCCUGGGUAGCUCAGCGAAUAUCGACACUGACUACCACACCUGGAGUUGCGAGUUCGAAUCCAGGGCGUGCUGAGUGACUCCAGCCAGGUCUCCUAAGCAACCAAAUUGACCCUGUUGCUAGGGUGGGUAGAGUCACAUGGGUUAACCUCCUCGUGGUCACUAUAAUGUGGUUCUCGCUCUCGGUGGGGCGCGUGGUGAGUUGUGCGUGGAUGCCGCAGAGAAUAGCGUGGGCCCCCACACUCGCUACAUCUCCGCGGUAACGCGCUCAACAAGCCACGUGAUAAGAUGCGUGAAUUGACGUCUAAGACGUGGAGGCAACUGAGAUUUGUCCUCCGCCACCCGGAUUGAGCCGAGUCACUACGCCACCACGAGGACCUAGAGCGCAUUGGGAAUUGGGCAUUCCAAAUUGGGGAGAACAUGGGAGAGAUUUUUUUUUAUUUUAUUUAUUUAUUUAUAUUUUUUUACAUUGAACAGUGGUGUCCUUUAUCAUUAUCUAUUGCCACCAUUUGAUGAAGGCAGUAAGCCACUUGAGUUGUGUGUUUCAGUGAUUUUAUAACAGUUAAGGAGGUUUUAGGCACUCUACUUUGCGUUGUGUCGAAGAAACACCCCUUACCCACCGUAAAAUCACAGUAUUGCAUUGAUUUGAGUGGCUUAUUGCCUUAUUUUUCAUUUGCUAUCCAAUGCUAAAGACAAAACAUUUUAAUAUGCUCAAGUGGAUAAUAGAUAUUUAAUUUGGUUCUUUAUAUGAGAAUAAAACCCUCAAAAAUAUAUCUUCUGAAAACCUUAUUUUGUUUUUCCCCAAGAGCACAUCAUCACUACUGCAUGGCAGUUUAUAGCAGACUACUAGUGAGAUUCUUUUAUUACACUCCUCUGUAGUGGAGUUUCUUUUGUUCUGUUUAUACAGUGCCCUCUGGAUGGUUUGUUAUAACCCACAGAAGAAAUCACUGUCAGCCUCUGUCCCCUGCCUCACAGUAUCCUUAAUAGUAUCAUGUUCAUGGUUGUGACAUUACCUCAUAUGUAGUCAACUGUGAUGUCAACAAAACUGCACUACCACUGUACUGUAAGGGAGUUCCCCUCGGUCUCUGAGUGACCUGUCACACUACGGUAGCGUACACAUGUUUUCUCUGCAGUAAUGGUGAUCUUUCAGGGGGAAGCAGCUACUACAGUAGGGGAUUCCCAGGAAAAGAGAACUGAAAGCCAGAUAUGGGAGUUCUGAAUUCUUUGUCUCAAACAAAUUCUUUGUUUCUCUGAAAUGAGUAUUUCCACCUUGCUGUCUGAUUCGAAGAGUUGGGGAUGAGUAAGUGUGUGUGAGCCAGCAGGGGAAAAAAGUCUCUCGGUUUCCUUCUCGUGUGCGUCUGUGUUGUUGUGUGAGACUGACAACUAAAUUAGUUAACUGAUUACUAAUUAACUAAUUAAACUAAUUAAAAUUAGCUCACAAUUCUUGUUUCAUUACAAUACAGCAAUAAGCCACAAGAGGCUGAGAUUUUAACAUAUGUGAUGUUGUUAGGAUAUGCAUAAGGUGAAGCUAUAUGAUCAACAUCACCAAUGUUCAGUACACUAAAUUGAACAGUAAUCAAAAUAAACAAUCCUUCAGCCAAGUAAUAUAGUUCAUCAGCGUAACUGUGGACUGUUUGUGAUUGCCAGACAAUUAAAUAACCAAAGAGUGCAAAUUAGCGCGUUAAUGUAGGAUUCAGUUGACAUGCAAUCACAGGUGUGCAUAUAUCAGCAAUUUCACAAUGAAAUAAAAGUGUUUGUUUUUGGUUUAGUGAAAAACUUUAAAAGGCUAUCAUCAUGGUUUUAGGGUAAUUCUCGGGAAAUGUUUUUGCCCAAUUUGUGUCCCAAUAACUUACUGCUUAUAUGAUUAAGAGGACACUUUUUACUCAAUAACGUAUUUCACAUUAUUUGAUAUGAACAGAGAUUUAAAGGGAUAGUUCACCCCAAAAUUAAAAAUCUCUCAUUAUUUACUCACCCUCAUGAUAUCCCAGAUGUGUAGGACUUUCUUUUUUUGCAGAACACAAAUGAAGAUUUUUAGGAGAAUAUCUCAGAUCUGUAGGUCCAUAAAAUGCAAAUGCAGGGUUUCCACGGGUCUUAAAAAGUCUUAAUUCGCCCUUCUGCAAAAAGGUCUUAAAUCGGAGCAACAAGUCUUUAAUUCAUAAGGUCAUGGCAUUAAAUGUUGUAUGAGGGAUUGUUUUCUCGUUGCGGGAUUGUUUUCUCAUUGCGUUUAAGUAGGGUGACCAGAAGUCUCAUUUUGAAGAGGUGUGUCCCGGUGUGCCGACAGUUCUCUAAACAUUGUAAUUAUGUCCUGGUUUCAGCUGGUAGGCUCACUGAUUUUUUUCUACUUACAUUUGAUGUACUCAUUUUCCUUCUCGCUAUUGUCUUUGGUAUCAUUUGCAGAGAAGAGAAGCAAUUUCGAAGCGUUGCACGUUGAUUUGACGAUACUUCCAUUCUAGUCUUUCUGCAAAUCUGCUGAAAUCUAUCUGGACACCAUGGCAAUGACGUCAUAUGCUUGGCGCGCACUCUUUGUCAUCCUGUCAGUCAGCACAAGUAGAAAUGCACCAAUAAAAAAUGUGUUUUCAACAACGAGCUGAAAGAAGCCGAUCCAUUUCUUCGUGCAGCACGUGAAUAUGUAAGCGAGUAUUUUUCUCUAAUGUUCAUUUUCCCACGUGCACGGAGGUAAAUCAGACAAUGUCCCAUUUAGACAGCUACACUGCACUUUUUACAUAGUACAAGCACUUAUAUGUUCAGAUGUGGGGGUUGUAUUUUGAAUUUUUGGUUACAAUGUUGUGAAUUUUUGUGAAGUCAUUUCAUAAUUACACAUGCAAUAUGACAUCAUAUGGUUAGGAUAGGCUACAUGGAAUUUGUACAUUAAAAAAAGCUAAAAAUGUGGUUAAAUCGUGAAAAAACUAAAUCUAAAAUAAAAUAUACAUUUUCACAAACUAUAUAGCCUAUACAGUUAAGUGCUGAAGUUUGCAUAACCCUUUUGUUUUUAUAAGUUUCCACACCCCUUUCAGAAUGUAUACAAAUAGCCUAUAAGAGAUUAUAUUUAUGUAGUACAGCCCUUCAAAAGCUUCAUAACACAAAAUGUAAAAAGUUUGCACCCCUUGGUUCUUCUUAUGUUGCCUUCUUGAGCAUCAAUAAUUGUUUGCACCUUUUGUAAUAGUCGUGUAUUAGUCCCUCGAUUGUCAAAAUCUGGACCUCAUAUAUAGCCACUGUUGGGAAGAACUCAAAUGUGCAGAAGAUGCUGAGAAACCAAAUAAUUUUACUGUAGUUGGGUUUUUUUCUUGAGAAAAGUGGACAUCUUCACUGCUCAGGACAAAGCAGGGAUUCAUGAACAGUUAUUUCACAAACAGUCAUUGAUCAUCAAGAAAGAAACACACCAUAUUAGAAACCAAGGGAAUGUAAACUUCUUAACAGGAUCAUGUGUGUAAAUUCAGUUAUUAUUUUGUCGUGUGGAAUAUAUGUGAGGAUGUGUUAUGUCAAUUAGCUUCUUCGGGGCAGUACUAAAUAAAAACAAAAUGCAAUUUUUAAUGAUCCCUCAUUUAAAAAAAUGGAUUAAUUUUAUGUUGCAUUUAUGUACUUUUUGGAGCGUCUAAGUUCUGGUCACCAUUCACUUGUAUUGUAUGGACCUACAGAGCUGAAAUAUUCUUCUAAAAAAAUUAAUUUGAAAAUAAUACACAUCUGGGAUGGCAUGAGGGAGAGUAAAUGAUGAGAGAAUUUGUAUUUUGGGGUGAAUGUUUCCUACUAUGUUUAUUUUUUAUAUACAUACAUAUAUAUAUAUAGAAGAACAGCCAAUUUACAUUGUCAUCACUUUUAUCAUUUAAAAAGUCAAAUACCCAAAUUUUGCAUUUAAUUAAAUUCAAAUAUUUUGCUUUCACUGUCUGUAGUUUUCUAAAAUGAUUUGCGUUUUCUGACAAAAUCCGCGCAAAUGUAAAUGUGCAGUGAUUGUAUUUUUACAGAUUUUCUUGGCACAAAGUGUAAAAUAUCAAUAUUUUAAUAAUGUAAAAGAUUAAUAUUGAAAUGAUGUGGUGUGGUGUGAUUAUUUUUACUAUUUAAGUAAAAGAAAAACAAAAAUCCUGAUAUUUUCAGAUACAAAUGACACCUAUUCGUGAAACAAAUCGGAGUAAAACUGUGAAACGGGAACAGUGUGGACCAAAUGGGAAUAAUUAGCAUUAUUAUCAAUAUUGGCAACACUAUUGUUAGUGAUGUUCUUUACAGAAAAAGUUGGAAUGAUAAACAACAUUUGAAGCAAUCUAUUUAACCUAAUAGUGAAAAUACUGUGAUAAACAGCAAUUUUAAUAAAAAACAAUUAUGAAAAAUGCCACAUAGAACUUUGAGUGAUGAUGAAUUGUUUGCAGAUCUUUUGUUUUUUAAAUGGUUUAAUGAAAAGAACCUUCCAAACGGAUGAAUUUGCUAAAAUGAAUCGGACUUCCCAACGCGGUUUCCUAAGGAUGACCCGCUCCAAGGCCCACAUGGAAUUAGCAUGCAUAGAACCCUGCAAAAAAAAACCUGCAAACGUUUAACACAUUUUAAUGUCUAAAGCAGAUGACUAAUCUCCCUGUUUCUUUCUUGUCCUCCACACAAACUAUU